AUGUUGCAACAAAAAGUGCAAAAUCUCGUCCAAGAGGGAAUUCAACAAGGACAUCGACUAGCUCUCUCAUCUGAUUUGUGGAGAUAUGCGAGUGAGUCCGGCUCUAGUUGUGACGUCCUGCUCGCACUCUGUCACGAUGACGAUGAUCAAACGAUGAAAGACACAGUGUGCUGGCUUGUGAACACUUUACGACAUCUCGAACCAGCGCUAAUCGUUGAAGUUCGGCAUCAUCGAUUGAACGAUUGCUAUGCGCUUUAUUUCUCAGCCGAUUAUCGUGAUUUAUUAAAGGGAGCUGAGUUGUGCCAUCUCAAAAAGCCAGUGAAACCGAAAUUCGGAGGCGGAUUGCGGGAUUUCUGUUUCGACGAGGCGCACUGUUUUAAUGGAGUUGAGAAUAAAGUCACCUUUCUUACUGGCACUGAAAGAGCUUGGAUUGUGAAACAGAUGAUUGAGGGGAUUCGAAUACCGAGAGGCGGUCUGUGUCUAUCAACAAAAACUCGUCGAAUCACUCUUCCCGAAAUGGCUCCAUUAAUCACUCAUCUAUCAGCUGUGGGGAUUGUUGAUCGAAUUUUGCCAUUACACGACGCAAAUCAGUUGCGCUUUUUGCAGAGAAAAUGGGUGAUGUCAUUUCUGGAUCCUCAGCCAUUGGAUCUUGUGAAGGACUACUUUGGAACAGAAAUUGCCAUGUAUUUCUCUUGGUUGGGUUUCUUGACGUCGACUCUUUGGUUUCCGGCGGGUCUUGGUUUAAUUAUGUUUUUAUUUGGUGGUUUCACUUAUAAAACGACGAAAGAUAUAGAGCAAGAGUUGGAUACAUAUCAGCUUUUAAACGAUAUUUGUUUUGUUUUGUUCGCCUUUGUCAACUGUAUCUGGUCGACGGUUUAUUUAGAGCUUUGGAAAAGGAAACAGGCUGAAUUGGCUUUUAAAUGGGGCACAUAUACGGUGGAGAUCAACGCUUUACUUCACGAUCCAAGACCGGGGUUUAAGGGUGAAUUCAUGGCGCCAAAUCCGGUGACAGGGUUGAUGGAACCGCAGUACCCGGCGUGGAAAUGUGCGGCGAUUCGAUAUGGACUGACUUAUCCAAUCACUUUCUUUUGCGUCUUUCUUAUGUUCUGUGCAAUGUUGCUGAUUUUCACCGCUCAGGACACCGCCAAUUACUACUUUGGUGGCUCGUUGCUCUUCGGAUGGAUCUGUUACGUACCGAUGAUCAUCUAUGCUCUUCUCAUUGUCGCCAGUGAGAAACUCUAUCGUUUAUUGGCUCUAUUUCUCAACAAUUUGGAAAAUUAUCGUACCGCUGACGAGUACGAGGAUUUCCUUGUGUCGAAAAUUGUGAUCUUUCAAUUUGUGACUGCUUUUGGAUCACUUUUCUAUAUAGCUUUCAUCAUUAAAGAUAUGAAAAGACUGCAAGAGACUUUAGCUACUCUGCUGAUUACAAGGCAACUCACACAGAAUAUCAUGGAGAUGGCUGUCCCAUUUCUCAUUGAAAAGUUCAAGUUCUCGAGAUUGACUUACAAAAUGACUCGAUCGAUGAGCGAUGACACGCUUCGUCGACACGUGCAAGAGAUCCGACGGAAGAGGAAUGAGAGUGAGAGCGAGGCGAGUAGAUCGGAUCCGCCUUCUCCACCUCAACUCUCGACCGAUCAAUCACCAUCAACGAUCAUUCGGCAAAGGCUCUUGAAAGAGAGAUCACCGAGUGAUGAAGAUGAAUCAGUUACAGAAAAAUUGAAUAACAAUUCAUCUAUGAAAUUUCAGAAAGAGACGUUAAAAACGAUGAGAUCUCCUCGACUUCCACUACCAGAAUUUGUACCACAUGCUGAAGGCGUUCAAGUAACUCAAGCUGAAUUGGAGAGUCUGAUGAGUGUCUAUGAGCGCCCACUUGACGACUAUUUGGAGAUGUUCAUUCAAUUUGGCUAUGUACUUCUUUUUUCACCGGCUUUCCCAUUAGCGGCCGUUUGCGCGCUUGUCAACAACUUGAUCGAGAUUCGAGUCGAUGCUUUUAAGCUUUGUAACACAGUGCAAAGGCCAUUUGGGCGACGAGUUCGCGAUAUUGGAGCGUGGCAAUACUCAAUGCAGCUUUUGGGAACGCUGGGAGUGAUGGUGAAUUGUGCACUCAUCGGUCAAUCGGGUCUCGUGCAGCGCAUCUGGCCCGAGCUCAGCUGGGCUUCGCAGAUUGUGAUCGUGGUGGUGUUAGAGCAUGUGAUGUUGGGAGUGAGAGCUCUUGUCGACUCGGCUGUCCCAGAUGUGCCGCAAUGGAUCAAAGUUGAGACGGCAAAACAAGAGCAUUUUCGGGCUGAAGCUUUUAAGCGAAGCAGUCGCCUGUUGGAUCGCUUCGAGAGAGCCGAGUUCUCCCAUUCACCGCCAUCAGAUCCGUUAAUUGAGAAUAUUGUUGAAGUGAAAAAAGUGAAGGUGGAAGUACAAUCGACUUCGCAAAAGCAGCAAAAUAAGCAGCAAAAUGGAGCAGCGAAGUCGACCCCAGCUGCCAAUCCGAGCGUUGAGUCAAAACUGAGUGAAUCGUCAUCGCAAAAGCCUUCACCAAAAGCCUCAAGUCAGUCCCCACAAUCAAGCGCGUCUUCAUCGAAAUUUUUCAAGCGUCGAAGCAUCACUCCAAUGAUGCGUUUCUCGAAUUUUAUGAAACGAGAGCAACAGAAAGAGAAGCAAGAUUUUCUCUUUAAGAAU